CAGUCCAGUUCCCUAAGUCAUCACGAUCAUACAGUAAUAAUAGAGCGACACUUUGCAGCAGCGCCGACCUCAUUCUUUUUCCGCCUACCUACCCUAGAUACCCAGGAGCCGCAUCAGUAACACCGCAACCAUGGCGACAACCGAAGCCGCUGUUUCCCGGUCUGAGAUCGUGAACAAGUACACAGAGCUCGACCAGCAUGGUAUCGUCAUCGCAGAAUACAUCUGGAUCGAUUCCGAAGGCAACACUCGCUCCAAAACUCGGACACUGGAACCCCGCGAUGACGGCAAGCAGUGGGACGUCGAAACAUUGCCCAUCUGGAACUUCGACGGCAGCUCCACAGGCCAGGCUCCGGGUGACAACUCCGACGUCUACCUCCGCCCGUGCGCCGUCUACCCCGAUCCCUUCCGGAAGGGCAACAACAUCCUUGUUCUGACAGAGUGCUGGAACCACGACGGGACCCCCAACAAGUACAACUACCGCCAUGAGUGUGCCAAGCUCAUGCAAGCCCAUGCCGAGACUGAGCCGUGGUUCGGCCUCGAGCAAGAAUACACCCUUCUGGACCUGAACGACAGGCCAUACGGCUGGCCUCAAAAUGGUUUCCCCGCUCCCCAGGGCCCGUAUUACUGCGGUGUCGGCGCCGGCCGGGUUGUACAACGCGAUAUAGUCGAGAGCCACCUCCGCGCCUGCAUAUACGCCGGGGUCAAGAUCUCGGGUACCAACGCGGAGGUCAGCAAGUCACAGUGGGAGUUCCAGGUCGGCCCUUGCGAGGGGAUCAGCAUGGGCGACGAGCUUUGGAUCGCUCGCUACAUCCUCGCCCGCGUUGCCGAGGACUUCGGUGUCAAGGUCUCGCUGCACCCCAAGCUCAUUCCCGGCGACUGGAACGGCGCCGGCAUGCACAGCAACUUCUCGACCAAGGAGAUGCGCCAGGAGGGCGGCAUGAAGGCCAUCGAGGCUGCCAUCAAGAAGCUGGAGGCCCGCCACCAGGAGCACAUCGCCGUCUAUGGCGAGGACAACGAGAAGCGUCUCACUGGUCGCCACGAGACUGGUGCCAUUGACCAGUUCACCUAUGGCGUUGCCAAUCGCGGCGCAUCCAUCCGCAUUCCUCGCGAAGUCGCCGCCAAGGGCUACGGCUACUUCGAGGACCGCAGGCCUGCCAGCAACGCCGACCCCUACCGCGUCACCGGUAUCCUGAUGGAGACCAUCUUCGGCGCCGUCUAAGCUGUUGGGAGUCUCGUUUGGUUUUUUCACAUUGGGGACGCAGUAUGUCUUCAUCGGACAUCGCGAUGUGUUGGGUCGAGGUACUGAGCUUCUCUUCACACAUUGAUUACACUUCCUAAACUUCCCCCUCCGUUGGAUCAUGGCUCUGGGUUCGUCAAAUAGGGCUCAAAACUUUUAGAGGCGCUACUGCUUGCUUCGCCAGCUUCUCACCAUGGCUUUUGCAUGUCUCGGACGGUCGAGAGCAUUCGGGUUAGGAACAUGCGGUUUAUAGAUCAUUCCCGUAGGGCGAUAGGGUCAUUUGGCUAGGGGCAUUGGCAUGAUUACACCAAUAGACAGAAGCGGCAAUAGCUACUAGUAUUAACGUUGCGUUUGGCCAUCGUUUCAGUGGAGUUCUUUCCAUGUCAAUCUUUAGCGAACGCACAGGACGUUGGGCAAAUACACACGCAACCUUGAACCUGCAAAUGAGAA